GGUCAGCUGCGUCGCAUUUACUCGCCGCUUCCUGGUUCUCUUGACGGCUCGUUUUCCGUGUCAUCUUCUCCUAAAUGCUGCGUUAAUCUAGCGUUUCCCUCCUUAAAUUUAAACGGGAAUAUCCUUUCCAAAGACUUUUAUUCGGACUGCCGCCGCCAUGAACCCGGAGAAGGACUUUUCGCCGCUGACGCCCAACAUCGUCCGGGCUCUGAAUGACAAACUGUACGAGAAGAGGAAAGUGGCGGCCCUGGAAAUCGAAAAGCUGGUGCGCGAGUUUGUGGCUCAGAACAACUCCACUCAAAUCCGUCACGUUAUCCAGAUUCUGGCCUCUGAGUUCGCGCUGUCUCAACACCCGCACAGCCGCAAGGGAGGGCUUAUCGGACUGGCCGCGUGCUCCAUCGCUCUGGGGAAAGACUCCGGUCUGUAUCUGAAAGAGCUCAUCGAGCCGGUUCUCACUUGUUUUAAUGACUCUGACAGCCGCCUUCGUUACUAUGCCUGCGAGGCUCUUUACAAUAUAGUCAAAGUGGCCAGGGGAGCCGUGCUUCCUCAUUUUAACCUCCUUUUUGAUGGGCUAAGCAAGCUCGCAGCAGAUCCGGACCCUAACGUCAAGAGCGGUUCUGAACUUUUGGACCGACUCCUGAAGGACAUUGUGACAGAAAGCAACAAGUUCGACCUGGUUGCGUUUGUCCCUCUUCUCCGGGAGCGCAUUUACUCCAAUAACCAGUACGCCCGGCAGUUCAUCAUCUCCUGGAUCCACGUGCUGGAGUCCGUCCCUGACAUCAACCUUCUGGACUACCUGCCUGAAAUCCUGGAUGGCCUCUUCCAGAUCCUGGGGGACAACAGCAAGGAGAUCCGCCGGAUGUGCGAGGUGGUUCUGGGCGAGUUCCUAAAGGAGAUCAAGAAGACCCCGUCCAGCGUGAAAUUUGCCGAGAUGGCCAAUAUCCUGGUCAUCCACUGUCAAGUGGCAGAUGAGACCAAGGUGACCAACGACCUGAUCCAGCUCACUGCCAUGACGUGGAUGAGGGAGUUUAUCCAGCUAGCGGGCCGCGCGGUUUUGCCGUACUCGUCGGGGAUCCUCACCGCCGUGCUGCCCUGCCUCUCCUACGACGACCGCAAGAAGAACACCAAGGAGUCGGCCAGCGCCUGCAACUACAGCUUGAUGAAGCUCGUCACUCCCGAGGAUGACGAGGAGGACGAAGAGGAGAGGAGCGUCGAGUCGCCGUCGAGAGAAGACAAGGGCGACUCCGGCGACGUCUUGAACUCCUCGCAGGAAGCGGUGGGCUUCAGCAACAUCAGCUUCUUCGCCCCGGCCGGCGCCGACAGAGCUCCGGUGACUCUGGACCUGGACGGCAUCGUGCAGGUGCUGGACCGCCACCUCCACGACACCUCCACGGGCAUGAUGACGCGCAUCGCCGUUCUCAAGUGGCUCUACCACCUCUACAUCAAGACGCCGCGCAAGAUGUUCCGCCACACCGACGGCCUCUUCCCCAUGCUGCUCAAGACCCUCUCGGACGAGUCGGAUGAAGUGAUCCUCAAAGAUCUGGAGGUGCUGGCCGAGAUCGCGUCCUCGCCCGCCGGGCAGACGGAUCUGUCGUCGUCCUGCGACGGCGUCGACGGCCGGUUGGCGCUGAAGGUACCGGAGAAGACUAGCAAGACCGGCGGCGGAGAAUCCUCCCCGUCCACCCCGAGCAUGAACUCCUACUUCUACAAAUUCAUGAUCAACCUCCUGAAACGCUUCAGCGUGGAGCGGAAACUCCUGGAGAGCCGAGGAGCCUUCAUCAUCCGGCAGCUCUGUUUGCUCCUCCACGCCGAGAACAUCUUCCACUCCAUGGCCGACAUCCUUCUCAAGGAAGAGGACCUGAAGUUCGCCUCCACCAUGGUGCAGACGCUCAACACCAUCCUGCUCACGUCGGCCGAGCUCUUCCAGCUGCGCAACCAGCUAAAAGAUCUGCGCACGGCCGAGAGUUGCGCGCUCUUCUGCUGCCUCUACCGCUCGUGGUGCCACAACCCCGUGGCCACAGUCUCGCUCUGCUUCCUCACGCAGAACUACAAGCAUGCCUACGACCUCAUCCAGAAGUUCGGCGGACUGGAGGUUACGGUGGACUUCCUGAUGGAGGUGGACAAGCUGGUACAACUCGUGGAGAGCCCCAUCUUCACCUACCUGCGCCUUCAACUGCUGGACGUGGAGAGCAACCCUUACCUGAUCAAGGCGCUGUACGGUUUGCUCAUGCUUCUGCCGCAAAGUCAGGCCUUCCAGCUCCUCUCCAACCGCCUGCGCUGCGUGCCCAACCCGGAACUCAUGCGGACGGUGGACGGGCCCAAGCGCAAUGGCGCCAAGGAGCCCCAGGCGGCCUGCAAGCGCGCCCCGCAUGCUCACGUGGACUACGACGAGCUGCUGCGCCACUUCGACUGCGUGCAAGGAAAACACCUGGAGGUGCGGCAUCAGCGCUCUGGGCGCGUGGCCGAGCUGCCCGACAGGAAGCUCGUGUAAAAAAAGUUGGAAACUGACCUUAACGGGAACAAUUUUGUACAUACACUGGCACGACGAGAAUGUUCUUCAACAGUUGACAAUAACAAACAUCCAGUACAGUCGAACUUGGAGGGUUGGCAGCCAAUAAGAUGAUCUGAAGGUUGGAUACACUGCCCUCUGGUCUGCCUCAUUUCACAUGGUUGAAUCCAACUGCUCCCUGUUAAGACCAACGUAAGCUAAGUUUUUGUUUGGGCUAAUGUUUUUUUUAAUGCAUUUGUAAUUUAGUUCAUAGGUAUAAUUAGUCUUGUUUUUGUGGGAAUAUGAGUCUGAACCAUUUGUUAAGAGCAUUGUAAACAUCGUUAGCAUUUCAUAGCAUUUAAGCUAGCAGACUUUUGCUAUGUAAGUUAGCCAACUGUUCUUUUGUUGUACAUAGAUCCUCAUUUAUUUUUUAUACCGUUUGAGGUUCAUCCCAGGUAUUUUAAUAUUUUAUGUGCCUUAUCCGAUUGCUCAAUUACUUAAACUAACUAGUUCAUCAAUUAAUCGACUACUAAAGUAAUCGAUAGCUGCAGCCCAAAUAUAAAGCUUGUUGCAAUGAAUUUUCUCAAUAUGAAAAAUUAAAAAUAUACUUUUUUGUUGUUACAGCUAUUUAAAGUGUUCUAAAGUAAUGCUAGGCUCAGGGUAUAUACAGUAUUGCAUGUUAGGACGUAUUUUUAAAUUUUCAUCAUGUUACAAUUUUAACAUCAAAUUAUACAUGAGUAUUUUGGACGAAUUUCCCUCAAAAUUAUGACUUAAAUCUCAUAAUACUGUUUUUUUCUUUUCAGUGUGGCCUUAAUUCACUUGUAUUUUCCUAUUAGUGUUUUUUUUUUUUCACUAUGUGUCAUAUGGAAAAUACAUUUGCUUGCGUUUAAUGAGUUGUAUCCAUAAUUCCAUACAGUUCUCCUUGUGAUUAUCAUAGUUUUUUGCAGUGGUGUAUUUAUUGAAUGAUUUCCAGUUAAUUGGUUGCCUUAAUUUAAUGUAACAAAGUAUCACAUCAAUGCUGUUUGUGAGUCAAUGAAGUACAAAUGUCAACCAGCUGAAACAGUUGAAUUACAACAAUCAUGUGUUUUCCUGUCAGGUGGUACAGUAUAUGUUUUUAUUCUUGCUCUUAAUGAAUUGUUCCAUUUAUUUCACGUGAAACAGACACAUUUCAUGCCGGGUGGUCCACUAUGGUUAUUUAAUCAGCACGAUGAUGAGUUAUUGUCAUGUGAGCCACUUACAAAGGGUCACAUGUUUGACCCGGCUUGACUUUUCCAGUUCAGAAGCGUCAUACAUUCCUCAUGUUGUCGUUAUGCGCACCGUUAGCUUUUAUUUAAUUGGAAUAUAUUUCUUAUAGCUUUGCACUGUAUUUGUUGUCAUUUUUUGUGUAAAAUCUCGAAUAAAGCUGGAUUCUGUGUGACGAUGUACAUGUUGAUUUUU